AUGAAUCAGCAACAGCUCCGUGGUGCUCUAGGGACAGUGAUAGGCACCAGUCAGUUAUGUGAAGAACAUCCUGCUCUUCAAGCGUUUGUGUAUCAACUGCGCCACGGUUCUUUGACAGACCAUGUUUACCAAGACACGCUUUACCAAAAUCAGGCUGACCAACUCUUGGUUUGUCUCUCUACCAACUCUUAUGACAAAGCCUCACUUAAUACCGUAUUGUCGGCCGUCGUUUCAUCAGAAGCGAACACAAAAGACCCUUCUGUUGAUUCUUUUAGACGCGCCAUUGUUCAAUUCUUAAUCAAUCAACUCCAGAAUUCAACCAAUAUCUUGCCAACUCUCCAGUUCAUAUCCGAAAACUCUGCUCGUCUUUUUACUUCAGACCAACCAAAAGGUCAGGUAUUCAAACUCUGUUUCGAGCUACAGACCACUCAUGGUUACUGGGACCUCGAAGUACGUUCAUGGCUGUACCGUGUAUUCAGAAACCUUCGUGUGCCAACAGACCAAUGGCUGGCCCAAGCCGAGUCUAGCCCACAGUACCAAUCUAGAAAAAAGUAUGUACAAAUACAAACAGCAUUCAAUGAUAACUCAACAUCACACAGAUUGAAAGAUUGUCAAGACCUGCUGGAAGGGUGUCUAGCAUCGCCUUCUAAUCACAUCUAUUGGGCCCAAAAAUUUGCCGAGAUUCUGCCUUAUGGAAUAGUAUCAGAGUCUGUCUCUAUUCAAACCAAUAUAUCUCUUUAUCAAACCAUUUAUCCGCUCGAACUUGAGGUUGUGCUAAAUGCUCUAAAAAGCAUUUGGGGGUCUCUUGUCUAUCACAAGUUAUCAGACGAGACACAGUCGAUGCUACAGGCGCACAAAAAUGUUACAUUAUUGCUGGAUUUAGAGACAGAUGCGCUGUCAGAUCAAUUUCUGGACAGUACUUCUUGUCUUUCGUUAGACCCAGCUCUUGUGGAUUUGCUGAACCGUACACUUGGGACACCUCAUUCAAUUCCGGCCAAUCAGAUUGAGAAAUGUAUACAUGAAUUAUGUUUGGUAAUUGAUUCAGCUCCACAAAUUUUCUUGGCUCAUAUCACUCGGUGCGCUAUUAUGUUGACUUUCUUGAGUUCUUUGGUCGGACUCAUGUACAGUUCUUGGGCAAAUCUUUUGGCUUGCCUUCUUGACCAAAUUACAUUUGAGGCACAAGAGCAUGCUUUGGAGAUGAAUCUUAGGCUCAAAUUCUUGGCAAAGGUAGCCUCUUGCUGUGUAGUAUAUUUGGAGUUUAACUGUAGGUCCAAUAACUCCCAAGCGAUCUCUGAGUUUGUUUGCGAAUUGGGUCGGAUGUGGCAACACUAUCGUAACACCCGGAUGAUCAUUCUUGACACUGAUGAACCACCUAAGGAUCAAGAUUACAAGGUCAAGGUGAUUCUGUUCAAUCUUAUCAACGUUGCCAAGGAGAAAUUGAAUACGUUGCCAUAG